UGUUUAUGGCACUGUGUAUUUGGGCGAUAAACAUUUCAGAGAUAAAUAAUAAACGCAAGCAAAAUCAUGUCGACGUCUACUGCGGGAGAAGAAAUUUUACAAUUUGCACCAUUGCAAUCAUUUGUGAGUCCAACAUUUUGGCAUAAAUUGGCCGAAAUCAAAUUGGAUUUGGAUCGUCUGGAUGAUAAGCCCAGACUCAUAGCUGGUUACUACACAAAUCGAAAUGCAAAAUCAUGUCUAUUGGAAGUUGAUUAUACAGCAUUCAAUGGAGAUUUUAAAGCACCCAAAUUUUGUUUCCAGGCCCAUGGUAUCAUUUUCAAUAAAAACACCAUUGAAGAAUUUAAAACUUGUGAUAAAAAUGCUCUCCUUAAAGAACAAGGUUUGAAACUUUUAAAGGACAUUCAAUCUGAUGCUGUUCUAGAUGAUCCAAGCCUACUAGCGAGAUUCUUCAUUCUUUCAUUUGCGGAUUUAAAAGAUCAUAAUUAUUAUUACUGGUUUGCCUUUCCCUGUCCUUUGACAUCUACAUUGAGUGUAGAAAGUCCAGUGGAAAAACUAUCGAAUCAUUCAAAAUUCGCAACGAUAAAACAGAUUUUAAACGCAUGUUCUUUGCAAGAAAGCCAACAAAAUUUCUUUGUUCUACGUGCCGCAGAAGGUCAACGAAAGUGUAUUUCGUUAAAGGAAUUCAUAGAGAAUUUCAAGGAGAACAUCGAUUUGGACAAUGUAUAUUUUUGUUUUGCAGAUAAUAGUGAACAUGAAUAUCCUUCGUGGUUGAUGAGAAUAUAUGUGGCUUUUGUGUUGUAUAAAUGUAACUCUCUUGUGGGAAAGACAUUGCAAUUCCUUGGCCUACGUUUUGACAACCACAUGAGCCCUGAUUUGUCGUUGUUGUGGCAAGUUAAACAAAACCAAGUUUGUAACUUUGAGGAUAUGGACCAGUUGAAAUUUGUUGGCUGGGAAUUAAAUAAGAAUCAAAAACCACAGCCACGUUUGGUCUCUAUGAGGGAAAGCAUGGAUCCCUUAUUACUUACUGAAAAUUCCAUAAAUCUGAAUUUGAAAUUGAUGAAAUGGCGUUUGCUGCCCGAUUUGAAUUUGGAUACUAUAGCAAAUACAAAAUGCCUGCUAUUUGGAGCUGGUACAUUGGGUUGUGCAGUUUCUAGGAUGCUACUGGGUUGGGGUUUUAAGCAUAUAACUUUUAUCGACAAUGGCAAAGUUGGCUUGGCCAAUCCCGUUCGCCAGUAUUUGUACACCUUUGAGGAUGCCGUCAAGGGAAAUGUGAUGAAGGCUGAUGCAGCCGCUGCUUGCAUGAAGAAAAUCAAUCCAGGAACGAUUUCCACUGGUCAUGUCAUGCAAAUUCCCAUGCCUGGCCAUACUGUUGGCAACUCUUUGCGAGCACAAACAGAAAACGAUCUUAAAAAAUUAAAAGAGCUGGUACAAGAACAUGAUGUAAUGUUUCUUUUGACAGAUUCCAGGGAGAGUCGUUGGUUGCCCACAUUACUGGGAGCGGCAUAUGGAAAAAUUGUCAUUAACUCCGCCUUAGGAUUCGAUAGUUAUGUAGUUCAACGCCAUGGAGCAACAAGGCCAACAGAACCACAAAUGGAUAUGGCUAAGCAACACGUAGAAAUGGAAAACUUAAAAUGCAUACCUGGCCAACAAUUGGGUUGCUAUUUUUGCAAUGAUGUCACAGCCCCAGGAAAUUCUCUCAAAGAUCGUACAUUGGACCAACAGUGUACAGUUACACGUCCUGGUGUAUCUAACCUAGCCGCCAGCUAUGCUGUUGAGCUCUUGGUUUCGAUUUUGCAACAUCCCCUUAAAGAAAUGGCUCCUGCUUAUUAUGCAACAUCCCGAAGUUUGGCAGCCGCCAUGGACUCACCCACAAAAACGCCUGAAGGUAUUUUGGGUAUUAUUCCACACUCCAUCAGAGGGAGCUUGAGUAAUUUUGAAAAUAUGCUCCCAGCCACGGAAAAAUUUGUGCAAUGCAUUGCAUGCUCAGAGCAAAUUUUAAACGAAUUUCGCAAACAGGACAACGAAUUUUUGUUUAAAGUUUUCGAGUCGGCCAAAUUUUUGGAGGAUCUGACAGGCAUUUCGGACUACAAGGACUUAAAAAAUGAGAUAAUUGAAUUUGAUGACUCUGACAUGGAUUUAUCUGACGACUAAAUCAAGCUUCAUUAUUGCAACUUUGCCAAGUUUAAAAUAUUUAUUUACACCCAAAAAAGAAAUUAGCAAUGCAUUUAUUUUUACAGUCAUACCUAUUUGUAAUUUUUUAAUACAUAUUUAUACCUAUGUCUGUGCAUGCAUGUUUAGAAAGUGGCUUCAAAUGUAUUAAGCAUUUAAAAAAUU